AACCAAGCUUUUCUCCAUCGUUUUCCUAUAUAAGAUCACAGUCUCCUUGGAGCUCAAGACACCAACGUCAACGAAAUAUUCUAUAUAUCUACUUUCUUUCUUCCAUUUAAUUUCCCGAUCGAGCUUCCUUCUUGUUCGCAAUUAAUGGCUAGUAAGAUUGAAAAGAAAGCCCCGAGGGUUGAACGGAGGCAUAUUGAGGCGCCCAAAAAUUUGAUGGAGGUAGUCUUCAUAUUAGUCGAUGCCAUAACGUCGCUUGGUUACACCGAGAGACGGCAAGUCUCCAACUUGCCCAGAGCCAUCGCUUCCGCUGUGUUGGACAAGGGUAAGAAAACAGUUGCAAGAGAAUGCGGUGAAAGAAGUGAUUGUGUACAACUCAAGUCCCCCGAAGUUAUAAAGGAGUUAUAUGAGAUAAAGAAAUUGCUGACACGGACCAUGCUUUUCAGCAGCAGAAAACGGUUUCUUGGGUUUUUGUUUGCUGCUGGAUUCGACCAGAAGGAUGUCCUCCUAAGAAAGAGAACAGCUCGGAUUCUAAGGCCCGCUUUCACAGUGAUACGUGAUAUAGAAUCAAAAAGUUUGCUGGUGUUUAUUCGGGGAACUCGUAGCCUAAAAGACACGCUUACAGAUGCACUUUGUGCUCCCGUAUCCUUCGAGCAUAACAAUAUGGUUUCAGGACAUGCACACCGUGGUAUGGUUGCUGCAGCUUCUUGGAUUCUAAAGCACUGCACUCCUGUACUACUUAAUGCUCUUCAUCAAUAUCCACACUUCAAAAUCAAGAUUGUUGGGCACUCGCUUGGGGGUGGUACUGCUGCACUGCUGACAUAUAAGCUUAGAGAAAUGCAACAAUUCUCUUCAAGCACUUGUGUCACGUUUGGCCCAGCUGCCUGCAUGACAUUAGAGUUAGCCGAAUUUGGGAAGCCAUUUAUCAUUUCCAUUAUAAAUGGUUAUGACAUAGUGCCUACAUUGUCAGCUUCUUCUGUUCAUGAUUUCGUUUCUGAGGGUCGCGAUCGGAAUAAUGAUCAAAUCAUUCCAAUUGCCAAAGCCAUUGCAAAACAUGCAGUAACCCACUGCACCGAGGGUGUGAAGAAGUACCAACACAGAACUCACGCGUUGCUUCCAUGGCACCGACGUGAGAAUAAAUUAGAUAACAUGGCUGAAUUAGCUUCUGGAUCAUCUCAUGAGACAAAUUUUGAAUCUCUCUUGACUGAAGAGCAAUUAAUCAUGGAGUCUAUGUCAGAUGAUGAGGAAUAUAAUUCUUCUAGUGAAGGAUCUGAUGUUGAUGACGACGAAGAUCAAUUGUGGAAUCAAGUGGGGAAGCUUAAACUAGGAAAAGAAGCAGCCACAACCAAAAACAUAGCUGGAGAAGAGAGUGAUUGUCGAGUCAACGUCAGGUAGACGUCAUCUUUAUCCUCCAGGAAGGAUCAUGCAUAUAGUCCCUACUGCACAUUUGUCUGAAAAUAUUCCUAAUUCAAACCACAAUGGUUCUGAUGAGAAACAUGUCUACCUAUAUGAAACGCCUAGAGAUCUGUAUGGAAAGCUCAGACUUUCUAGAGGGAUGAUACUUGAUCAUAUGACGAACCAGUAUCUGAAGAUGUUACAACAAUUAAUCAAUCAACUAGAGAAAGACAGCUUCAAAUAUCGUGGUGGAUGAGCCAAGGAAUAGCAGAUGAAAAAAUAAUUGGUACUAAUUGGAUCAUGGAGCUAGCCCUAAAGAAUUAAAAUUGGACCUCUUGGUUCUGAUUUUUGAGAUUGUUGUGUGUAUAUUAGGAUUGUAAUUGUUGAAUGGAUCACAUAGGUUUUUAGGAGUGUCUUCAGAAUUUAGGAUGAUGUUAAUUGUGCUAAGCAUAAGGGGUGUAUUUGUUGCUUCUGGGCUCUCUAUUAAAAUAAAAUUUUUAAAAGAAUUUAUGACAAAAUAAUUUUGUUUUGUCUUU